UGUACUCAUUUUACCAUUCUUUCUAAUCAUUUUUUCAGUCAUAUUUAGAUAAUCUUACAAUUUAUCGGGGUUAAUAAGAUUGGUUUAAUUAUAAAUUGGGAUUUAUCAUAUUAGUUUACAAACCUAGGUUAAAAAAAAAAGAGAAAAAGGAAGAGAGGGAGUCGGGAGGGGAAGGGGGUGUUGUUUGUUGUCAAGAUGAAGAAUAAUACCAAAAACAGAAGGAAAGGGCAUUGAUAAAAUCUUACGACGUUAGAAUCAGAAAGUCUUUUUGAGUACUUUGUGAUAUCGGCAGGCCAAAAAAAUCUAAGUGUAUGCUAAAGUGUAAAGAGAUAUUUAUGUUUCAGGAUAAGAGAAUAUUGGAAUGUACCAUCUCCUUAGAGUGAAGCUUCCAAGCUAGUUGCCAAGAACAGGCAAAGAUUGAAAGUGAAUGAGUUGAAGUACGGUAAGAGCAAAAUGAUAAGGGGAUCAGUACAAUAUCAAAGAACUGAAAUUUAACCCCUUUCUCUGACUAAUUCAAAGUACAAAUUUUCACUUCCAUAGCUCUCUCUUCUUGUAUUCUCCCCCACCACCCCCCUGCCAUGAUAGUGAAAGGUAAUGCAUAAUUGAAGUAGGAAAGCCGAACCAAGCAUAGAACAAAGACAUAGCUACAAAAAGAAACCCUUAUCACAAUCUUCCCAUUGGGCAGCUUCCUCUCUCCCUUUAUAAGUACUUUUGAUGCCAGCAGAAACAAGCAAAGAGACAAGCAAGAGCAUUGAUGAACUUGAGACAAGAGUCGAUGAUGGGGAAGAGAAAAUUAGCGAGUGAAGGGAAGGGAAACAGUGUCGAUGAAGAGGUGACAUGGGAGCAAAUGGUGAUGGAUAGUGCUGCAGCAGUAGCAGCAUUCAAUGGGGCUCGGCGAGCAAGGAAAAGAUUCGUUGGGGUGAGGCAAAGGCCAUCAGGGAGAUGGGUGGCUGAGAUAAAAGAUACGAUUCAGAAGAUUAGAGUAUGGCUGGGAACUUACGACACUGCUGAGGAAGCUGCGAGGGCUUACGAUGAGGCAGCUUACUUGCUUCGUGGAGCCAACACUCGAACCAACUUCUGGCCUUUUUCCCCAUCUUCGAAACCAGUUCUUCCUUCGAAAAUUGUCAACCUUCUAUUGCUUAGGCUGAAAGACAGUGCUGCUUCUGCUGCUGCUUCCAUGGCUUCCAAUUCGCCAGUUAACGUACUAGGGUAUGAAGCAGCUGCAGGAGAGGAUAUGUGCAUUGAUGAUUUCUUCAAUGUGCCUGAAGAUUGUAGCCUGAAUACAACUUCUUCUUCUUCUACUUCUACAACAACUACAUCUAGUUCUGCAACUGCUAGUGAUUGCAUGUUGGAGACGAUGACUUUCGGGUCAAAUUUUGCUAACACAGAAAAUGGUGAUCAUGAUCUCAAAGCAAUUCAUUUGGGCAACAGUCACAUUGAAGGAGGGAGAGAGGAAAAGAGGGAAGGGUCGAAGGAAGAAGAAGAGAUUGAUAUGGAGGGGCUAUUAGAUUUCCAGUUUGUGGAUGCUGUAGGAUUAUCCUGUUGCUGUUCUCCAUUUGAGAUAGCAGAAGAAAUGGUGGAGGAGCCAAUGGAGCAGCGGGAGAAUGACGGGGAUGAUCCAUCCAUGCUCAGAGAGACCAUGAAGAGAAUGAAGUAUGAACGCAAGUUCUCAGCAUCUCUUUACGCCUUCCAUGGGAUACCUGAAUGUUUGAGGCUGAAGCACAAUGAAUCUGCAGGAAAUGACAAGCCCGAACAUCAAUCUAACCUUAGAAACAACUUCGACACCGACAAGAAACCUGAGAUAAAGGAAGAACAUGAACAAGUUGGGAUCAUCCCAGAAACAUCAAUAGAAACAGGUUCCCCAUCUGCUUACUCUUCUUUGAGCAACGAAGCUGCUGAAAUCUGGAGCUCCCUUGAUCUCCCUCCCAUCGGCCUCGUGAGUUAGUUUUGACCAGAGAUAGACAACCUUAAAACAACAUACGAACAGUCAUUUACUUAAAGCUAGCAGACCCAAAUUUCAGGUUAACAAACAAGAUUUGCAUGAACAAACCAAGGAGAAUAAUGUAAGCUUAUAUCAAAAUUGGAUUAGAGGUGGAUAAUCACUCUUGAUUUGAAUAAUGUAGAAUUUCAUUGAUUAUUUUUGGAGAUUUUUUUUAUUUUUGAAUUG